AGAGCUGGGGGGGCAGGCCUCCAUGGGGCCAGGUCUGCAAGUCCUCCGUGCUCGUGCUCGACCCCCAUCCUUGAAGUUCUUGGGGCACCGCCCAGCCCCUCCAGGUCAUCUCCUUUUCAGCGUCACCUGGGUGGGCUCCAGGGACCCGCAGACAGCCUCUCUGAGGGUCUCUGGGGCUUCUCAGUCAGGAGGGGAGUCGGGAAGCAGGAGGAAGUGUGUGUCAUCGAUGCCCUGCUGGCCGACAUCAGGAAGGGCUUCCAGCUGCGGAAGACGGCCCGAGGCCGAGGAGACGCGGAGUGGGGCAGCAGGGCGGCCGCCACGGACCCGCCGAGGGACAAGGCGCCUGCGGCCCCCAGAGUCCCCUCCGGAGGCACCGGCUGCCCCACCUCUGAGCCCCGGGGCUGGGACCUCUCAGAUGCCACUGCCCCGGGCCCACAGCCUCCUGCAGACCCGUCAGAGGAGGGCGGGCCUGGGCCCCUGGAGAGGCGUUCUUCUUGGUACACGGACGCCAGCGAUGUCCUGACCACCAAGGACCCCCAGAGCCCCCAGCCUUCUCAGGGCGCCUGGCCCGUGGUGCUGGGAGAUGCUCAGGCCCUGAAGCCUCUCAAGCUCUCUGGUGACAAGCCCCCCGGGGCCACAGGGUCGAGCCAAGAUGUUGAAGACCCCACAGCCCUUCAGGGCGUCUGCCUGGCUGAGGCCGACAGCACCGUGGAGGGGCCGCCGGACGCAGCUGCCCAGCUCCCCGCCACAGGCCCUGGCGUGGCUGGGGAUGGGGACCAGGAGGGCACAGCCCCAGAUUCUGCACUGGACACGUCCUUGGACAAGUCCUUCUCUGAGGACACAGUCACGGACUCUUCAGGGUCCGGCACUCUCCCCAGGGCCCGGGGACACGCCUCAAAGAAGACGGGCAAGCGAAGGAAGAAGCGCCCCUCAAGGAGCCAGGAAGAGGUUGUCCCUGACUCUGACGAUAAUAAAACAAAAAGACUCUGUGUGAUUCAGUAAGGGUGGCACCUUUAUUCUGAGACCUUCCAUGAGGCACACCCCAGCCCUCUUCUGGCCCUUGUCGGGCCACAAAUGUCCCCAGGGAGGCAGUGAAGGACAGAGACAGUCCCAGGGGCCGGCUGCCAGGGAGAAGCAGGCCACAAGCCCUCUCCAAGGAAUGGACGGACCUCCCCUCCCUGGCGGCCAGGUCCUGGGGACCACAAAUGGGUCUGUAGGCACAUCCCGGGUCCACUGCCCCAGGCCUCCCGGGACCCCCGAGGAUGGGCAGGACCGUCAUUGUCUCUAACGUGGCCCGAGAGGCUCACAGAUGCAGACAGACAGGCCCGGGGUCCCUACUGCAUUCUGGACUGUGCUAGGGGUGGGCAGACCAGUUCAUCACAAGCAGGGAGCCACCUGGUUCUGCACACACCUGCACCCAGCUCGGUGCCACGGUGCUGUGCUGACCUGCAGGAUUCGGGGCACAGAGGAGAGGUCCAGCGGUGCCCAGAGGAAGCAAAGGCAGGAGCCAGGUCAGGUGUAUCCCUCUUUACAGUUUAUCCUCACUAUUGGGCACAGCCUUUAGUCUCAGUUCCAGAGUUUGCUCCUGGGGUUACUUUCUGAGCUUGGCUCUCUGGUGGGAAACACCAGCGUUAGCAAGUGGGGCCGAGUAGUCUGUGGGUUUGGGGGGCUGGCAGCCGCAUGUGGCCACUGCCCAGGGAAAGAUCAGGGUGCCGAGCACAGCUCUGUGCUCUCUGUGGACCGCCCCCGUCCUCCAGCAUAGCGGGCCCGCUGCCGCAUGCCCGCUCCCCCGCCCUGGGCCCCAGCACCCCAGUGGCUGGGGCAGGAGAAAGGAAUCCUUGUCUCCUCAACCUUUUAUUUGGAAAAACUUCAACCAGACAGGGAAUUUGCAAGAUCGCAACGAGCACCACAUACCCUUCACCCUGAAAGGUCAAGAACUUGCAAAAAAUAGCGAAAUUACCAGCAUUUGCUGCAUUGCUCUCAACUUUACGAAAGGGUUUGAGAGUUAGAGGCACCAUGCCACUUGAACCCGGCCCCCAGGGUCCCCUGAGGGUGAGGCUGCUCUCCCCACCCGCCACCCAGGACGUUUCGGGGUCUGUCGUGUGCAGCCCCAGGCCCCAGCAGGGCCCGGGCAGGGGUCCCACCUUGCCUGGUUGUUUUGGCUUGUUGGAAGUGAGACGCCCCCCCCCCCCCCGGGACCGUACAUCCAGCCUCUGUCUGUCUCAGGCGGCACCCGUGUGGAAGGCACCUUCACUUCAGGGGUGUCCCACGACCGCCCCCCCACUGCUUCUGGAUUGUGUUUGGGGCAGGAAUUCAACACACGUGAUGUGGGUCCUCCCCAGAGCCCCUCAAGAGGGGCUUGGGGCCUUUUAUCCCCUGGGUGGGGGCCUGGAUGCCGAUUACCUGGUUGAGGUGACGAUUUGGGAGCCCCCUGCUAUGUGGUGCCCCAGCCCCACCUUGCCCUGGGUCCUGGCACCCUGGGGGGGGGGCUGACAGAAACUCUGCUCUGAAUGACUUUUGACUUUUAUUCUCACUUCUGUGCCCUAUCUCUUUCAAGCAUGAUCCUCAAACCCAUCUGUUCAAGACCCACAGGGAGCCUGUGGUGGCCAUGGGGGCGGGCAUUUGCAGGGAAGAGCUGAGCAAGGGCCCCUGGACCAGAGGGCUUUGGGGGGCAGGGCGCCUGCAGCUGGCAGGAACUGUGGGGGCGGGGCCCUGGGGACCAGAGCUGGAAAAAGACAAGUCAGGAGGCAUCCAGUAUAAGGGGUGGAUAGGGAAGCAACUGAGGAAGCUCCAGG